UUUUCUAUUGUUUAAGUUUUCUUUAAAAAUUUUUAGUUUCAAGAUGGAGAAAAGAAAAGAUAUAAAGCAGAGCAACAACGACAAGAACUAAAACACAAACGUCAGUUAGAAGAGUUGAGAGCUGCUGCAGACACAACCAUUCGUGAAUUAGAACAGUUACAAAAUGAAAAACGUAAAAUGCUGAUGGAGCAUGAAACUCUUAAAUUAAAACAAUUAGAAGAAGAACAUUUAAUAGAACUUCGAGAAUGGAAAACUAAUCUUAAACCACGAAAACAGAAAUUGGAGGAAGAGUUUGCAAAACAAAGAGAAGAACAAGAAAGGUUCUACGGAAACCAGAUACCUUAUCCUGAUUACUAUGUUGAUGAUAGAGAUUAUCUGCAUCCAUCCACCGUGCAAAGAUCGGACAGUUUUCAUCCAAAUAUAUAAAAAGCUUCCAAGAAAGACAUAU